AUGUCACAAAAAAUUGGACACAGUGGGUUGGCAUUUGCACGCCUUUGGCAUCACGUGGAUGUUGCCCGCGAUAAGAGAACGUUGGGUAGAUUGGCCUCAGCUAUUGCAAUCACCUUGAUCGGUAAACAUAAGCCGGUUUAUCAUCCAUCGCAAGACUGCGGAGACUAUGUAGUGGUAACAAACUGCCAGAAAAUGCGUGUCACAGGUAAGAAGUUCGAACAGAAGACGYACUGGUCCCAUUCAGGUAGACCUGGCCAGCUUAAACUACAAACAAUGGAAAAAGUCGUGGCAGAUAAAGGGUUUGGAGAAGUGCUGAAAAAAGCAGUUAGCGGUAUGUUGCCUAAAAACAAACUUAGAAAGCAAAGGUUAGAUCGCCUGAAAGUAUUUGAUGGUAGCGAGACUCCUUAUAAGCAGAAUAUUACCGCCUUUGCUCAUGAACAACCAUCGUUGCCGGAUUCUAUUAAAGAAUCCAUUUCUGGUCAACCGAAUUAG